UGACAAGAGUCUACUAGUGGCGCGACCGCUCGUGCGUUUGGGAACGUAACAGUGGGGUCGUCCAUAUUCGUCUUCGCGAACACGUAACUGGAUGUUUCUUCGGAAACAUGGCUGACCAUCGUGUUCUGCUGGUGCAAUGAAUUUUUGUGUACAUUAAGGAUAAAAGGCGUCUAAAACCGCGAGAGCGAGCAUCGAUCUGAUACAUUAUGUCCUCGAUUCAUUUCGUCGUACAUCCCCUCCCAGGGACGGACGACCAGCUCAACGACAGGCUACGAGAAGUAGCAGAUAAAAUAAACAGAUAUGGAUACGUAACACCACCAGCCUUCAAUGGGUUGAAAGUGUCGAUAAAACGUGUUGUAGUCGGACCAACGCAUAUUGCUCUCCUCACAGAGGACAAUAGAAUUUGCAGAGUUGCAUUUACUGUACUAUCCGAUAGAUUGGACUUGAGUAAAAGUGAACCUAACAGAAAUACGAGUAAAAGCCAUGUUGGAAAUUCUAAUUCCACACCAAAUGGGAAUGGAAGCAGUAGCAGUGGUAGUAGAGCAGGCAUAUCGCGUUCGCGAGCACGUAUUAUGCGUAGUUCGGCGAUACGUGGAGGUAGCAGUGGUGGAGGUAGCAGCGGCGGUGGUCGUAUAGGACCGCCAGGAGUGAUCAUGGGAGGAGGGAGCGGCAGCAGUUCGCGUCCUAUCGCGUCUGUGCCAGCUCCCUUUGUGCCAGAAGAUCUUAUAUCGCAGGCACAAGUGGUGUUGCAAGGAAAAAGUCGUAAUCUAAUCAUCCGAGAAUUACAGCGUACAAAUCUAGACGUAAACUUAGCGGUAAACAAUCUUUUAUCACGAGACGACGAAGAAGGUGAUGAUGCGGAAGACGCGGCUGAUAGUUAUGUCCCGGAAGAUCUUAUAUCCCUUUUGGAUGGCGGUUUUAGCAACGAACAUUCAGUUAUAAUUGACGCUGAUUCUAUGUUCUCGGAAGAUAUGUUUGGUUACACAGGAAUGCGGAAUCGUGGAAGUUCUUCACGUCGAUUAGUAAGCAAUGAUCGUGAGGGCGAACGUUCAUCCGACAGGGAUAGAGAUCGUGAUAGUUUUAGUAGAUGGCGAGAUCGUCAAUAUUAUGGCCCGCGUCGUUGGUUGGAAACCGCUCUGAAAGAUUCGUGGGAGAAGGAUUCAGAUAAUAAGAAGAAAGAGUUAGCUUCACAGAGCCCUUUAUGGAUAUCCGAAGAGCUGGAAUGGUGGCACGAUCGAAGUAGCGAUCCAGUGCCCCGUUUUGUACAAAUUUCAGCACUUUAUAGCGAACUAAUCGCAGUUUCUGUGUCGGGACAGUUGUAUCAAUGGAAAUGGACCGAAUCGGAACCAUAUAAGAAUGCAGAGAAUCCAAAUGUUCACCAUCCGAAGACCAUUCCUCUAGCAUUGACGACGGAAAAGAUAAUUAAUAUAUCUGCUACGGCGAUUCGGUGUUCCGUCAGUACGGAGACUGGCAAGGUAGCGACUUGGCUCGAUGAACUUUUAGGACAUGUUGCUUCUCGUCUUGAACAUCCGGCGCAAGCUUUCACUGAGUUUACUCUGGAUAAGAUCGUGUCGCUUCAUACGUGUGCUCUGUACACUGUCGCAAGACUUGAAAGUGGAACGUUAUAUUGGUGGGGUGUUUUACCAUUUGCGCAACGUAAAAAACUCUGGGAAAAGUACAAGGCUAAAUCACGCAAGCACAGACCAUCUACCGUACCGUCGAGUGACAUCAGUUACGGAACGCACGUGUGCAUGAAAAAUAGUCCGGUUUAUCAGCCAGGAGCUAUUGGAUUCACAAUAGCUAACGGCGUACCAAAAGUUGGACAAUUACUUUCUGCAGCGUGGAACGUGGAUGCUACAUGUAGAUUUAAGAUACUACCUGCUGGCACUCUGUUACCUAACACUAACACCGACAAACGCGAGUCCAACGGGAAUGGUAGCACGGGAGUUGUGAACAAGGCAAAUCACAAGGAAACUGCCGAUAGGCUCGAUAUGCCACCGCCACCGUCACCAGCUUCAAGCACUUGUAGUGAUACUGGCAGCAUUACAACUAGUCACAAACGGCAGAAACGUAUGGCACCUCGGAGUGAAGGAGAAUCUGAGAGAAAGGACGAGGAAGAUUGGCAAUUAAAAGAUGUCGUUUUCGUCGAAGACGUCAAGACUGUACCUAUCGGGAAAGUUAUCAAAGUUGAUGGUUGCUAUGUAGCUGUCAAAUUCUUCUCAAAAGAUUCGAAGGAGAAAGAAAAGGAAAUCAAAGAAAAGGAUUUUAGUACAUCAGAUUUUAAAGAUCUUACAGCGGAAGAACCAAUGAAGCUAUUAGCUGACUGUAGACUUUUACGUAAAGAUGAGCUACAAGUAAUUAAAUCAUCGUUGAAUCCAAGAGCUCCGGAUUGUUUCCAAAGAACACCUAGAAGAGUCAACAUUGUGGAAGGUUCGAAUGAUAGUUUAUUAACUAUAUCGACCGAUGGACAAGGCAUUCACGCUAUAUUAAAGAGCGGAAACAAGCUGAGUUAUGUUGUCUACAAUUUAAGUACAGGGAGAUAUGUACAGGAUUGUUAUAUUCCGUCUGAUAUCUCGUCGUUUUUGGGUUUGCAACCUCAAAACAUUAAUCUCACAAGUGCAGGAGAGAAUAUCGAAUGUUCUAUGAUCUUACGAGAUGGAAAUAAUACUAUUUACCCAAUUGCGAAAGAUUGCGCCGACGCCAUUCGCGAUCCGAAUUGGUUGGAUUUAGUUCCCGUAAAUUGCAUCGGUGCGGCAACUAUUCCAAUUCCCAUCUGUUCGAACAAUUUAAAAAAUCAAGUGGCAGUUAUUGCAUUGGCAUUUGACAAUCUUGUGCUCUUGCCGCGCAUAUUGCGGUGCGAUUACGAAAGUGUGAAACAAGUGUUCUGUAAUUUGGAGCAAGAUUUAAAGAGUAGCUUGACAUAUUCGCAAAUUCAAAUAAUACUGAAAGAACGCUGCGAUGGCAACCGGAAUAUACUUCAUGCUUGCGUUAAUAUGUGUUCACCAACUUCUAACAAAGAAACCGAACAAGUCAUUCAAUUGCCUGUAGUUAUCGAACGUGAAUUAGUGUCGAAUACAGUAGAUGGUGCCUCAGCACCUAUCGAAGAACCAAUCCCAACGUUAAGUUGGCCACCUGAAGCGUUUGAUAAUACAUCAGGAGAGGAAGACAGUUUGUUAAGCAUUGGUGCUGCCAGUAUAUCUAUGAUGAACAAAUCUGGUGUCGGAGCUGCAUCUAGUAAUACGUACAUCAUAGAUUCUGUGGAGAGGCGACACAACGCAUUACUCAUUUUGAAAUAUAUGUGUGAAAGUAUUAUCUUAGCACCACAUAUGAGGGAAUUGCUAACGGCAAAGGAUGCUCAAGGGCAAACGCCACUUAUGCUCGCCGUAUCUGUUCGCGCAUAUCAUGCGGCCCUUAUUUUAUUGGAUACCAUACAAAGAGUGGGCAGAGACGCGAAAGAUACUUCGGCCAUGAUACUACCAUCCGACGCCAGUCCAGAUCUAUCUCCGCUAUUUGUUACUUGUUGCAAUGAUACAUGUAGUUUUACGUGGACCGGAGCCGAACACAUUAACCAGGACAUAUUUGAGUGUAGAACUUGUGGUUUGACGGGCUCAUUGUGCUGCUGCACCGAAUGUGCUCGUGUAUGCCACAGAGGCCACGAUUGUAAGCUCAAAAGAACUUCGCCCACAGCAUAUUGUGACUGUUGGGAGAAAUGUAAAUGUCGCGCUCUUAUUGCCGGGCAUCAAACUGCGAGAUACGAUCUUCUGUGCCGUCUUGUGAACAACACUGAUCUUGCUACUAAGAUUAAUUCACGGGGUGAAAGUAUCUUAUUAUUCUUAGUGCAAACAGUUGGAAGACAACUGGUUGAGCAACGCCAAUUUAGAUCAGCACCUAGACAACGAUCGACUUCUGCCGGCCGUAAAGCACCGACUUCGGACGGUAUGCUCUCUCCAGUAAUGCUUGACUGUUUAGGUGCAGAUUCAGACAUGCCAGAUCAUGAUCUGGAGCCCCCUCGAUUUAGUCGAAAGGCUUUGGAGAGAUUGCUGAAUGAUUGGCCAGCUGUACAGUGUAUGAUCAUGUCGGGCGUUUCUGAGAACGGUACCGAUCAGUUGUUCGGUGACCAAGGCCAAUUGUGUCGCCAGAGUGGUACUGCAUUACUAGACAAAUUCACGCAUUCCUUACUUGUUAAAUGUAGUGCUGAAAUGCUUGACACAUUGCUUUCCACUCUAAUCAGAGAAUUGCAAGACGAAUCUGUGCCUGGACGACAGGAGGAAGCAAAUAAUGUGGCUCGUCGAUUUGUGAGAUCCGUGGCACGUAUAUUUGUUAUCUUCACCAUAGAAAUGGCACCAAACACGACAAAGAGACGAAGUGCUAGUCAAGCUUCACAACCUCUAAUGAAGUGUCGAAAAGUUUUCCAAGCACUGAUCAAACUAGCCGUAGAAGAGUUAUGUGAAACAGCGGAUUCACUGAUAGCACCAGUCAGAUUAGGCGUAGCGCGUCCAACCGCACCGUUCACCUUAACAAGUUCUGCUAUCGAAGUAAUCAAUGGUUCAGAAGAAUUAUUUUCUAUAGAACCUCUAAUACCUCAUAGUGGUAUCAGUUCACAGACAUUGAAUGCAGCGUUGCAAACACAACAGGGAAAUAAUAAUAUAACGAUCGCAAGAGAUGUUUCUACUGUAGACGAAACAGAAGGUGGAGAAGAAGUACCAAUGGAUAUGGACGGCGAUAUAAGUGAACACGAGGAAUCGGGUGUCUCUGGAAACGUUGCCAAUCAACCACUUGGCGAAGUUGACUCGAAUGUCGGUGGUGUGGGCGAGGAACAGGCUGGGGAUGGCGAAUCAGACACAGAAUUGGAUCUUUUAGCAGAAGCCGAGACCGAGUCAGAUUCGGAUGACAAUCAUAGCAACCAAGAUGCAGCGUCGGCGCAACGUAGCGUACAAACUGGCGCGACUGCUGGCUCUGACGGUGGAAUGGGAUCGAUAUUAUUGUUCCCCGAAGAUGAGUCAGGAGAAUCAAGUCAACAAGAAGAUGACGAGAGUGAGGCAGGAGAAACCGAUGAGCAGGAUAACGAGGAGUUUCAGAUCAGUGACGAGCAAUUAGAGCGCAGAAGUGGAUCUUCCGGUCAUUUGCAUCGAAAUAAUCUUGCGCCUGUAUCUAUGCAAUGGGCAAUACGCAAUCGUGAAUUGAGUACGCGUACAGCAGGAUUACGGGUGUCAGGUGGAAGUAACCUGGUUUUUAUCGAUCCUACAUCUUUAAGACGAACCACGACUACAUCGGCCGUCGCAACGGCGCAAGAACCUAUAACUAUGGGGACCACUGCUAGUUGCCUGGCGCGAGCAUUUGGUAUUGUUAUCCGACAAAUCGCCGAUCUUUUGGUUAUGAUGCAAGAUUAUAAAAAUCUAGCACCUACUUUGCCGCGAUUGAUGGAGAUCUCUUUCCAAGACGCUCUAAGCUUACAGACGUACUUAGAAGCGCAUCUGAAACCCACUUGGGAUUGGUUGCUCACGGUGAUGGACGCUACAGAGGCGCAGUUGCGAUUUGGGGUAUCUCUGACACGCAGUGCGGACCCGACUCAUCCAGAACACCCUCUGAAUAACGCUCCAUCUCUGUCGGGUGGUAACUUUACUGGUCUGUUGAAUACAGCCGCGCUCUCAUUGACUCUCCAGGGAAACACAGGUCGGAAUCCUCGCAGUGGUAUCGCUACGAGCUCGAAUAUCUCCACUCCUCAAGCUUCAACACGACUCACCGUUGGUUUUGCAGGCGUUGGCGAGCCUCCAAGAAGCAGUAGGGAACGUGAAGGUGGUGAUGCACACUCGGCAAGACGUGAAUUUUUAUCAUAUUGUCUGUCUUUAAUGCGUGCCCACAACAGUGAACAUAGGGACAGUUUACCAGUCCUAGAUGUCUCUGCUUUGAGACAUGUCGCAUACGUAUUCGAUGCGCUUGUAUAUUACAUGCGUUCUCUCUCAGAGCCGCUUACCUCCAGAGGAGAAGCUCAAAAAGAAUCGUCCAACUAUUCGGGUUGGAAUGAUCAGGUCGGUGAAGCUUCUCUACCCUACGUACAUGACUGGUUUUUUGCAAAUGCAACGUAUCACGUAAACGCAUCCUCGCUUCAGGAUGAAAAUGAUAAUGACGAAGGUGAGGAAUAUAAUUCGCCAGCACCGACUGCCAUGGAAACAGAUUCUGUGGAUUAUCCGGAUUUACUACAAGUACCCAUGUGCGGGUCUGGAAAUCAUGGCAAUACCACGCCAAAGGGGAGAAAGCAUCCUUUCCUGCAAAGAUCAGAUUCUACCUUGUGCCUUGGUUGCCCGCCUCUAGAUCCAUUCGACACUGUCAUGAGCGAAGCAUUGCCAUUAGCUGAUCAGCCACAUUUAUUACAACCUCACUCGAGACGCGAAGAUCUCUUUGGUAUACCGAGACAACCGCCUUGUUCUCAUACAGGUGGAUCUAAUCAACACCCUUUAGAAGGUUUACCCACAAGAUUAGGUCUUUCCGCGCGUAGCGCUGACAGUCAGAACGUCUUAGCUGCUCCAACAUUUAGUCAAAUUGUACAAGGACCACUUUCCAACUCUUUAGAAUCGAGAAGGAACUCCGUCUCGGCUGGUGAUUCGAACUCCGUCAAAUAUGUGGACAAAUUAAAAUCUUGUAGUCAUGCUAAUGAAGGUCACUCGUCCCUCGUGGCAGAACAAAUUGAUAGAGCGCCGAUCAUAGUGUCCACGAAUAAUCAAGGUGAUACAGCGAACACUAAAGGCAAAGAUAUAUGCAAAACAAGCAGAAGCGUCAUAGUUAGAGCUGGAGCUGCACCGGAAUCUAGCACCAAUAAAGCUGGCGCGCCUGAGAUACUCGUAGUCCCGACUGUUGAAACUCAAAACGUGUCCGAGGAAGUAGCUGCGACGAGUCACGAGAUAUCCGCUCAUGAAACUGUAGAGACAAGUCCAGUAGAAUCUGCCAGAGCGGUAUCAUCGAUCGGGAAUAACAUUUCACAUAACAUUUUAUUAGGACGAUGGCGAUUGUCGUUGGACUUGUUUGGACGCGUUUUCAUGGAGGACGUAGGCUUAGAGGCCGGAUCCGUAGUGUCCGAAUUAGGGGGAUUUCCUGUGAAAGAAGCCAAAUUUCGUAGAGACAUGGAAAAACUUAGAAACUCACAGCAAAAGGAUAUCACCUUAUCUAAGGUGGAGCGAGAUAGAACGCAGCUGUUGGUGCAGACAAUGAAAGAAUUGAAUACACAAUAUAACAUAUACAACAGAAGAGCUACGAACACUCCGCCUUUGGCGGUAAAUCGAGUUAAGGUCACCUUUAAGGAUGAACCCGGCGAAGGAUCCGGUGUAACACGAAGCUUUUACACCGCGAUUGCCGAGGCGUUGCUCGCGAACGAGAAGCUUCCGAAUCUCGAGGCAGCACAAGUGGGAAAUAAAUACACGCAAUUCAACGUGAUGCAAAAGCUCAAAAAUAGGGAUCGCGAUCGUGAUCUCAGGCGACAGAACACCCGUUCCUCUGGGAAAUGUCGCGAGUCGCGUCGAGCCUUGUCCUUCGACGCUCGUUCCUUCCACCCAUCGAGUGCGAUCGAAGGGAAUAACGGCUCGGGAUCCGGCAGUUCAUCGUCCAAUGCUCAUCCCAUGCCGACGAUCAACCAUGCUAACAACGACCAUUUGUCCGUGCAUCAACAACAGCUUGGGGACAGACUGUACCCUAAGGUUUUAUACCACACACAAACGCCUGUGCACGCCUUACGCCCAGCAGUGGCUGAGAAAAUAACCGGCAUGUUACUGGAAUUGUCACCGGCUCAAUUGCUGAUGUUGUUGGCUUCGGAGGACGCUCUCCGACAAAAAGUGGAAGAAGCAUUCGAGUUGAUUCACAGUCACAACCAGGAUUUGACCAGUGAAGCGUUGCUGGACCUCGAUGUAUUUAGCUUAACCGAAAGGUGCGCGGCGAAGAAGAAAAUGGAGAACAGCAUUUUAGAUGAUACAGAGGAUAACGCACCACUUUUCUAUUCUCCCGGGAAACGUGGCUUUUAUACACCAAGACAAGGCAGAGGCAGUUACGAGCGGUUAAAUGCCUUCAGGAAUGUAGGCAGACUCAUAGGAUUGUGUCUUUUACAAAAUGAGCUGUGCCCGUUAUUUUUGAAUCGCCAUGUAAUUAAAUAUAUCUUAGGAAGGCCUAUACGUUUCCACGAUCUUGCAUUUUUCGACUCGGUUAUUUACGAAAGCCUGAGACAAUUGGUCAUCGAUGCUGAAACGAAAGACAGCAACAGUUUAUUCUCUGCGUUGGAUCUUACAUUCAGACUCGGACCAUCAACCGAGCGAAUCAUUUUGCAUUUCAGUAUUGAUUUGUGUCCCGAAGAAGGAGGUGGCUCAAUCGAACUCAUACCUAGUGGACGUGAUGUGGAAGUAACCGCGAACAAUGUAUACGAUUAUGUACGGAAAUACGCUGAAGUUCGUAUGAUCAAGGUGCAGGAGAAAGCCUUGCACGCCAUGCGCGAAGGAGUCUUUGAUGUACUUCCCGAUGGUGCACUCGAUGGAUUGACAUCCGAGGACUUACGAUUGCUCUUAAACGGAGUCGGUGACAUCAACGUGUCGGUUCUAAUAUCGUAUACGUCAUUUAACGAUGAAUCGGGAGAAUCGACGGAGAGAUUAGUUAAAUUCAAAAGGUGGUUGUGGUCGAUCGUUGAGAAAAUGUCCCAUGUGGAAAGGCAAGACUUGGUGUAUUUUUGGACUGGGUCCCCAGCGUUACCGGCGAGCGAAGAUGGUUUUCAGCCGAUGCCUAGCGUAACUAUUCGGCCAGCCGACGACGUGCACCUACCAACCGCGAACACAUGUAUCUCUCGACUAUACGUUCCAUUGUACAGCUCUCGUCACGUUUUACGACAUAAACUACUUCUCGCUAUCAAAACAAAGAACUUCGGAUUUGUAUGAAUUCGUUUUGUGACUGUUUGUGAGUAACAGUUCCAAAAAAGUCACAUUAUCGAUAAUUAUAUAAGACAAAGGUUAAACGCUGUUAUUUUUUUUCCUUCCUUUAGGAGAAAAUUUAUAACAUUUAUAAAUUUAUAAGGUAUAAUUAUAAAUUAUGAAUUUUAUUGUUCCAAAAAGCGAUCUUGAUCUUAGUAAGGCUUUAUGUUAAAGUGUCAUACUUAGUCUUUAUAGUAACUGAAUAAAAUUUUCUCUAAAACCAUA